AUGAAGCUCUUUCUGCUUAUUAUUUCUGCGGUAACCGCCUUAACGGUUGACGGAGCAAAAGAAAAGAGAGGUAUCGCAGUUUACGGACAAUACGGCCUGAAUCCAUAUCCUGUGAAUAACUUGCCAGAGCUCGGCAGCACUCAGUUUUGGAAUCAGGGACUAUUGGCUUCUUCUACGUGGGAUUCUUCAUUUUCCACGCUUUUAGGUCAAGCACCAAUUCCAGCUCACAAUUUGGCACAUCAGGGGCAUUAUUUCAAUGCACCACCGACUAGUGCUUCGCAGGAUGUUUGGAAUGCUAUUCAACAGGCUAAAGAAGCCAAUCAAUUUGUUCGAUUAGCGCAACAAAGAGUCGAUGAAGCAAAGCAAGCAGCCAUUCUCCAACAAAAAAUCACUUUAACUAAAGAAUCUGCUGCUCAAGAAGCUUCACGUAGAUUGCAAGAACUAACAGCUCAAGCUGAUGCUGAUGCCAGGACUUCAGCUAAACAAUUAGUGGCGGCACAGCAGAAACUUGCAGCUUUAAAGGAUGCGGUCGCCGCAGCUCAAAGACUCGCAGCUGCCCGAGAAAGUGCUGCUGCUGCGGCCAUACAACGUAAUGCCGCUAUUACGGCGGCUGAAAUACGAAAACAGGACGUGGACAAGCAAAUAACGCUAACUGAACGAGAAGCGCAGGCAAGAAAUGUAGGAGCAUCAAAAGAAAAUUUACUAAUUCCUCUAACAAUUUAUAAUGGUAGGGAACAGAAGACUUUUCCUAUUUCAACAUCGCACAAUCCAUGGGGUUAA